AUGGAUGGUGGGAGGAGGGGAAGGGAGGGGCAGGAUUGGUGGAUUGGUGGAUUGGUGGAUUGGUAUGAUUAUUUUGGGUUGGGUUUGUUUGAUGGAGAUUUGAUGUCAUGGCGUCUGUAUGUUCACAAGACUGAUGGACAGGGGAAAUGA